AUGGUGGUCCAGAGCCCCAGGUCUGGGUCCAGUCAGAUGCUCCUGAGCUCAAAUGCUGCUCCAGCGCAAAGCAGCCGCGUGAUCUUGGACAGCGACCUGACCCCUGUGGGCCUCAGUUUCCUCAUUUGUACCGUGAGUGUGUCCACGCGGAUAAGGCUCUCGCCGCAUCCCGGGCAGCGCCCCCACUCGGCGCCCGGCACGGAACUGGUGCGGGGCUGGGCCGGCCCGGAGGAGCCGGAGGGGCGGGGCCGCCGCGCCAGCUCCCCUCCCCGCCGCCCGUCGCCUUCUCCUCCUCGCGCUUCCCGGGCUCAGAGCGGCGGCAGCAGCGGCCGCGGCAACAGCUUUGGCUCCGGCUCCUCCCGCUCCCGCUCCGGCCCCGCUCGGCCCCACUUGCCCGGGCCCCGCGCCCCGACCCCGCCGCCGCGCCUGCCGGGGGCCUCGGGUGCCCCCGCCGCCCGCCUCACGCUGAAGUUCCUGGCCGUGCUGCUGGCCGCGGGCAUGCUGGCGUUCCUCGGUGCCGUCAUCUGCAUCAUCGCCAGCGUGCCCCUGGCGGCCAGCCCGGCGCGGGCGCUGCCCGGUGGCGCCGACAACGCCUCGGCCGCCUCGGGCGCCGCCGCGUCCCAGGGUCCGCAGCGCAGCCUUAGCGCGCUGCACGGCGCAGGCGGCUCGGCCGGGCCCCCAGCGCUGCCCGGGGCUCCGGCGGCCAGCGCGCACCCGCUGCCGCCCGUGCCCCUCUUCAGCCGCUUCCUGUGCACGCCUCUGGCGGCUGCCUGCCCGUCGGGGGCCGAGCAGGGGGACGCGGCGCCGAGCGAGCGCGAGGAGCUGCUGCUGCUGCAGAGCACGGCCGAGCAGCUACGCCAGACGGCGCUGCAGCAGGAAGCGCGCAUCCGCGCCGACCAGGACACCAUCCGCGAGCUCACCGGCAAGCUGGGCCGCUGCGAGAGCGGCCUGCCGCGCGGCCUCCAGGACGCCGGUCCCCGGCGCGACACCAUGGCCGACGGGCCCUGGGACUCGCCCGCGCUCAUCCUCGAGCUGGAGGACGCCGUGCGCGCCCUCCGGGACCGCAUCGACCGCAUCGAGCAGGAGCUUCCAGCCCGGGUGAACUUCUCAGCGGCCCCAGCCCCUGCGCCCGUGGUGCCCACCGCCCUGCACUCCGAGAUGGACGAGCUGGAGGGGCAGCUGCUGGCCAAGGUGCUGGCGCUGGAGAAGGAGCGCGUGGCCCUCGGUCACAGCAGCCAGCAGCAGCGGCAGGAGGUGGCGAAGGAGCUGGACGCCCUGCAGGACCGUGUAGCAGAACUGGAGCGCGGGUCCUCAGCCUACAGUCCCCCAGACGCCUUCAAACUCAGCAUCCCCAUCCGCAACAACUACAUGUACGCCCGCGUGCGGAAGGCGCUGCCCGAGCUCUACGCCUUCAGCGUCUGCAUGUGGUUGCGGUCCAGGUCGGGCGGCACUGGCCAGGGCACCCCCUUCUCCUACUCGGUGCCUGGGCAGGCCAACGAGAUUGUGCUGCUGGAGGCGGGCCAUGACCCCAUGGAGCUGCUGAUCAAUGACAAGGUGGCCCAGCUGCCCCUGAGCCUGAAGGACAAUGGCUGGCAUCACAUCUGCCUCUCCUGGACCACAAGGGACGGGCUGUGGUCUGCCUACCAGGAUGGAGAGCUGCAGGGCUCCGGUGAGAACCUAGCCGCCUGGCACCCCGUCAAGCCUCACGGGAUCCUUAUCCUGGGCCAGGAGCAGGAUACCCUAGGUGGCCGGUUUGAUGCCACCCAGGCCUUCGUGGGUGACAUUGCCCAGUUUAACCUCUGGGACCACAUCCUGACACCUGCCCAGGUCCUGGGCAUUGCCAACUGUACGGGGCCAAUGCUGGGCAACGUCAUCCCCUGGGAAGACAAGCUGGUGGAGGCCUUUGGGGGUGCAACGAAGGCCGCCUUCGAUGUCUGCAAGGGACGGGCCAGGGCCAAGGCAUGAGGGGCCGCCUCGUCCAGGGCCCCUCCCUUGCCUGCCAAUUCGGGGGCCUUCCGGGGCGGGGUCACAUUGCUUCCUCAGCCUACCCACAUACUGGCCUCCUCUCUUGCCCCGUUCCUGGCCACGCCUCCCGUUUCCGUCGCCUCCACCCACACCUCCAGAACGCCCUGCCCUUGAUGGCUUUCCCCUAAUCCCACUCGGAUGAGAGCAAGCAGCUCAAAUCAACAGGUCAAGCCUGGGGGGAGUCCAGGGCCUGGCAGUGGGUGCGUAGCAGUGCCCACGGCUCUUCCCCCUCACGGCUGCUGGCAUUAGAGUGGAGCCAUCUCUCACCUCCCACUCCACCCUGUCGGUCAAGCACAACUGAUUCCACUGAUCUCACAGCUCCUCCCAUGAGGUCGUGUAUGGGGGACGGGCCCCCUGUCUCAGCGGCAGGACUGGUUAUCUGCCCUCUUGUCCUCCAUGCAACAGGCCUGUCCCCUUCCCUUCAGGGCCAUAACAGGCUGGAGAGCUGUCCCCCAGCUGAGAGGGAAUGAUAGAACCAUGGGCAACUCAGAUUCAGCCCUCCUUUAUCUUUCUACCAGCUGCCGGUCAAGGGCAGUGGGAUCCUGAUGGAGCCUCUCCCCCCACCCCACCCCGACCCACACCCCUCUCUUCCUCCUCUUUCCUUGUUUCUUUGUGUGCAGUGGUUUGAAUGUGGGUUCCAUGCCUGGCCCAGCCCCACCUCAAUUUCCAGGACACCCCCUUCCCAGCUCCAGCCUGGAGGGUUAGGGACCAAGACUCUGGGAGACCAAAGGGCCAUAGUCACCCCUUGCGCCCAUCCACAGCUGUGCCCACUGGCAUGGUCACCUCUCCCCUUCUGCAGCCAGGACAGGGCCUGGGCCACUUCAGCCUGGGCUGGGGACAGCAUGGGACAGAGGCACAUGCCCCAGGGGACCCACAAUACCUACCCACUCUGCAUGGCCCUGCAGCCUUUGGGGGAUGGAAAGAAGGAGCUGAGAGGGUAGGGAGAAGCGUGGCGUAGUGUGCAGAGCGCUGCAUAGGGAGGAGAGCCCUUGGUUCCUGGUCAGCCCUGCCGCUGACCUGCUGUGUGGUCUUCUGUAAGUCCCUGCCCUCUCCGGACUGACCUUCCUCAUUUAUGAACUGAGGCCCUUGCUUCCGUCGUUUCUGAGAGCUCUCCAGAUCAAAAGUGAGACGGUCUGUGAUUUCAGGUGGAUAGGGUGGGACAAGCCUGAGAACCUGCCUAAGGACUGAGGGGCACAGCAGGGGCAGGUCCUGGGACUGGGCAGCCGAUGGGACCUGGCUAGGCUGGGUCAGGGUCAGAAGCUGGCUCCAGAGAGUCAGGGGCAAGGGCAAGGGUCAAAGCAGACCAACCUCACACACAGAUUGUAAAGAUCAGCUCUUCUGGUUUCCCCCAGCCUGGCACCCUUGCCUAUCUGAGUGUCUCAAAGGGCUGGUGGCGUCCUGGUUCCUACCCUUAAGUCCCCACCAGCUCCCCCAAGAAAGUAGGAGAAUAUCAGAGCUGAGAAAAGCCACCCAGUCUGACCUCUUGCUUGUACAGAUGGAGAAGAGCUCAGAGAGGGCAAGUGACUUGCACAGGAUCACACAGCACGAUGGAGCAGAGCCAGGACUAGAACCCAGUGCUCUUUCCCCCACACCCUAUUUCCUACCCAUGAGAGUCUUUUGAGUCCAGCCUAUACCUGAGAGAAUGGAUAUUUGAGAGGUCAGAAUGCUUUCCAGCAUGCCCACUGGCCCACCUUCCUUUAUGAAACAUACAAACAUCUUGGCAUUCCCACCCCCCACCCCCAGAAGGUAGGGGAGGAGAGGUGAUCCCCAGGCACUCUGGCAGGAAUGGAGACCUGAGAACACAGGUGUCCCUCCCCUUGCCAGUCACCUACCAGGUGUCUGGGCAGCUGUUGGCUACCUUAGUCAGACUGGUGGCUUUUUGCCCCCCUUUGGGGUCCCUGUCUCCACUCCCCACGUCCACUUAGCCUGAGGCACUAGGCAAGAACUGCAGACUGUGGGUCCCAGGGCCAUGGAGGCUUUUCCAAAACUUGUCGCUUCCAGCCCCCAGAUCCUCGUUUCCAUUUCAAGAGCACAGAAAGACCUUUCAGCCCCUCCAGCCCAACUCCGCCUAGAAGCAGUGAUGGUGCACUUCAGCCAGAACCUGCCGAGGUCUGGGUUGUCCCGGUAACAGCCAAUGACAUCAGCCUCAGUGCGGGGUCAAGCGUCUCAUAAGGACAUACGCUGUUGCUGGGGUGACAGCGGAAUUCGGAACUUAGAUUUCGGGGACACUGGGUUUCUGUUAUCGUUUUUAAGGGAACAGCUUUUGUGGAGGCCUUGGGGCAAAGAAAGGGUCUUGAGAAGGAGGUGAAAAAACUUGUUUGAUCCCUUGAGCCCACCCCGAGGCAUCAUCCCAAGUCCUUUAUGCUUUCUCAUGGUGAUCAUGAGACAUGUGACCUGUGCUGAGUCACCCUGGUCAUCCCUCCAGAGGGAACAGGAACAAACUGGAGACACUUGUAGGCUCUGAGUCUGGGCCAUUGGUGAGUGGCCUGGAUCCCCGUUUCCAUUCCAGAGAGAUGAACGCCCCAAAGUCCCCACCUCUCCUUCAUCUCCUAUUCAUCCUUCUUACCUUUGCCGAACGCCUGCUGUCUGGACUCCAGAUUUGACCUUCAGCUGCUCCCAGGCACAGCCAAAAAGACGGGGAAGAGAAAUGGUGCUCAGCUGCAUCCUCAAGCUACUCCUGGCUGAGAACGGGGCUGGAGCCAUGUCUGUUAGGCCCUUUUUAAGUGUCAGGCGUCAUGCUGAGCACCUCACGGGGAUCAACUCAUUUAUUCUCACAACAGUUCUAAGCUAGGACUGUUCUUAGCCCCCUCAUACAAGUAGAGAAACUGGGACCCAGUGAGGUUAAGUAACCUGCCCAUGUCAAUCAGCCAGCAAGUGACGGAGUCCAGACUUCAAACCAAGGCAGGUGACAUCCAGGACCCACCCCUCAGCCUGAGGGGACGGGCACUACCACUGUCUGUGCAGCGGGAUUUGGUCAUCCGUUGCUCCUGACCCCAUUCACCCCACCGAGAGGAACAGAGAUGCAGGAUGGGCUGACCCCAGGGCCAGGGUCCCCUUGGGUGAGGCCGUGGGAGGGUUCUCAGCCCCUUCAGGGAACAUGUCCCUGUGCAGGGUGCCCUUCUCUCACCAGCUGGAGUUUCCAGGAGAGCUGAAAGGGGAGAGGAAGAUGGGCGUCUCCUGAGAAUCCCAGGCUGCGAAGGGGAGAAAGUUGAUAUUUCUCAAACCCCUGCUUUGGGCCCAGCCCUGUGCCAGGUGCUUCACAGCUCUUAUCUGCCAGUUUUCCCACCUUGUGGCACAUGGUGCCCCUAAUCAACAUCCCAAGGGGGCAGAUCACCUUGCCACCAUUGUGCGUGACCUAGGACCACAGAUUUGGGCAAGAAGGGCUCUAAAGCCCUUGUUUUACAGAUGAGGAUGCCAGGGCCCAGGGAAGAUGAACAGCAUUUGCGGACACCCAGCCGGGACACUGGGAGACCUGAACCCAACCUUCUGACUCUGCAUUCAGUGCUCUCCAUGAUGCAGUGGCCCCAGUCCCCGUCCCCGCCCCCCCGCCGAAAUGGGUCCCUCCUUUUCUACAUUUCCCAGCACCCUUGCUCUGAGCAAACUGGGGAAGGGACACCUCUCCCAGAGAUGGACACACUCUUCACCCUCUUUGUCGCAGCUGCCUACCACUCUAAACCCCUCCUCCCAGCACCACCCCCGACCCCGCUGGGUGGGGAAGGGGCUCACGUGGGCCCAGGCUGAGCAGUGAGAGAGCAUGUCGAGCUGUCAGACACUGUGAAAUUAGUGCAUCCUACUGGCGACCUGCCUCCCCCUCUCCUUCUCCUGCCUGAUUUUGUACAUAAAGUGACAUGAGAUGCAACAUGCGUGCGUGCGUGUGCGUGUGUGUGUGUGUGUGUAUGAUAUGUCAAGGUUUUGUUACUUUUUUGUUUCUGUAAAUUUGAAUGUUCAAAAUAAACAUGAUGUUUA